AUGGGUGCCUUGAGAACAUUUGCAAAGUAUCUUGCACUUACUAGUGUGGCUUUGAACAUUUACAUCUACACAUAUCCGUCGCUCCACGCGCAGCAGUGCCUGUGGGCGUUUGAGCCGGAGCUCGCAGGCGACGGCUUGGGCAGCAAAAUCGCGGAGAUUCCGUACCUCGGGGACUUGUACAGACAGUACGUGGCAUCUGAGGUGGCUUCAGCGCCGAAACGGGUGCCUGAAAUCAAGAUGAUGGCGUUUGGGGACCCUCAAAUCGGCGGGGUAUGGCCCCAGACCCCUUACAUCAAGCGCUUGGACACCUACGGCAAUGACCAUUAUUUGGGCCAUAUUUAUCGUGUCAUGAAGGCCAGGUUGACCCCUACCCAUGUGGCAGUUUUGGGUGACCUCUUCUCUUCCCAAUGGAUCGGCGACACCGAGUUCUACAACCGCACGAGGCGGUAUAUCUCGCGCUUGUUUCCGCAGCCAGCGGAGUACGUGACCGAUAUUCAGCACUGGAUCGACCAGCAUCAUGAUGUGGAUUGGAGAACAUACUUGGAUGAGAAGGUAGCCAUUCCACUUGCUGAGUUGGAGUUUGGCUACGAAGACAUCUACCAGUGGACAGUACCGGAGCUCAAGGCGUUCAACGGCGAGCCGCUUUUCAUAAACUUGACCGGAAACCAUGAUAUCGGUUAUGCCGGUGAUGCCACAUGGCAACACAUGGCGAGAUACGUCAAGUUGUUCGGCAAAGACAACUACUGGAUCGAGUACGACCGUGAGACCGACCACCCUUGGCGAAUCGUGGUGUUGAACGACUUGCUCUUGGAAGGCCCGGCAUUACAGGAGGAGUUCCGCACGUACACGUGGGAGUUUUUGCGCCAGUUAGGCGAACAGAAGUUCAAUGGGUCCACGGUGCUCCUUACCCACAUUCCAUUCCACAAGCGCGAAGGCUUGUGUGUGGACGGCCCGAAGCAUGUAAACUAUCCGCAUGACUACGAGCGCGAACCGUACAAGCAGUCGUUAUUGAGAUCGCAGAACUUUAUCGGGUUUGAGGAGUCACAGAAGGUGCUCAAUACGAUCUUUGAUAACGGGAAGCCGGGUAUCAUCCUCACGGGUCAUGACCACGAGGGGUGCGAGAAUUGGUUCAACAAGUUGGACAAUGGCACCUGGGAGGCCAGCAAGGAGAAACUUGGUGGUCAGAGCGUGCACGAGAUCACUGUUAGGGCGAUGAUGGGAGAUUUCGGCGGCAAUACUGGCUUGAUGACCGGUCGCUUCGACGAGAGCACCCAGGAGUGGCAGUACGAGUUUUCUUUGUGUCCGUUUAUUGUGCAGCACGUGUGGUGGGGUACCAAGGUGUUUUCCUCCGAUUCAGAUUCACGCAACCAACACGAGAGAAUUAUGACUUGA